AUGGUCACCCUUCGCCCAAACCCGCCACCCGUCUCCCCCGCCCUCGCUCGGGUCAUCCAAGAUCUUGCUCAGGCACAGGGGAUCCAGAUCCCAGACCCCAUCCCUCUCGCUUCUCCCUCCACGCCAACUUCUGCAACGGCACGAUCCUACGCUUCUGCUACAGCCGCCGCAGAAGCUGCUUCAGAAUGGAAUUCCCUCCUCAUCCAAGCCCGUGCUGAACGCGGCCCUCAGUGGGACGUACUAGGCCAACGAUACCUCGUCGACGUCUCCUCCGACCUAUACUUCGACCCAGCGGCGUUGAACCCCCCUCCCCCCGAAGACUUACCAGACGACGCCCUCACGCGUGAAGGCACCGAGCGCCCUAUGGUAAAUGGGAUACUACAUGAAGGAGUUGCGUCGGCGGCGAGUGCGAGCCCGCACUUGGGCACCAUUGGCAUUGGUCCUGGCGGAGGGGGCACUUUCAGCCCGAGCGUGGAUGGGAGAGAGGGGAGCAGGUUCGAGACGCCUCGGAGGAGUCUGAGGAGCUCGGGCCCCAAUGGUGCGUAG